UGGAGAGCUCGGCGAACAGACCAACCCCAACUCAGCCAACCCUCCCGCACCCUCUCUCUCUCUCUCCCUGUCUCUCUCGGUGACUCUGUGUCUCUCUCGCUCUCUCUCUCGCGCCCGCGCGCUCGCCCCGAGUGCGAGACGCCUCCUUGAGCCGCGACAGGGCCGGUCCGCGCCGUCGUGGACGAGUCGAACAGGGAGCCGCGAGCCGUGCCAGCGGGCCGAGCCGGACCGCGAGCGUGCGUCCGAGUGUGCGUGCGUGUUUGUGUGUGCGUGUGUGUGUGUGGCCUGGAGGACAGUGAGUGGAUACGAAUGCCGCUCCGUCAGCCUGCCGAGGCAUCCUAAUCCAUCCCACCGGAUGACGCCAUAGGAUGGACGUGGGCGGGCGGCGGGGCUCGGGACUGUCCAUGCGCCGCCACCUCAACUAUGACCGCGCCGAGCGGGCCGAGCGCGUGGAGCGCGCCGAGCGCGCCGUGGAGCGCGCCGAGCGUGCCGAGCGCGCCGAGCGGGCCGAGCGUGCCGAGCGCGCGGCCGAGCGCGCCGCCGAACGAGCCGCCGAACGAGCGCGCGGGGGCGGCAGCGGGCCGGCGUCGCACCGCGGAUACUCGUCCUCGGAGGACGACGACACCGAGGCGGGCGACACCGACCACCGCAGGCUGGCCAACGGCGGGCUCGCGGGCCUCAAGCAGGGCGCGCGGCUGUCGCCGCUCUCGCCGACGCACGCCGUGUACGCCGCGGGGGUGGCCUCCCUGCUCGCAGGAUACUCCGGCUCGGAGAUGCGGCACGGCGUGCACAGCCCGCUCGGCUCCCCGCUGGGCGCCGCCCCCGGCCGGCAGUACACCCUGGACAGCCGCUACUCCACCGGCAGGCACCACCUGCACUACGCGAGCAGCAAAAAGUCCUCGCCGUCCCGGAGCGACGUGGGCGGCUCGAUCAAGACGUCCUCCAGCCUGACCGGGGCCAGCCUGACGCGCGACCGCGACCGGGACCUGUCGGACUACGGCUCGGCGCUGGGCUCGGCGCUCAGCCGUGACCGCGGGGAGCGCGACCGUGGGGACCGCGAGCGCGACCUGUCCGACUACGGGUCGGCGCUGAGCCGCGACCGGGACGUGUCGGACUGCGCGCUCCGCGCCCGCGCCAGGGACAGGGCGGCGGCCACGGCGGGGUCGGCCGCGCGCAUGGCCAACAGCACUGCCACCACGGCCGCCACCACCACGGCCACCUCCUCGUCGGCGUCGUCGGCGUCCUCCGUCUCGGACAACCACUCAGACUUCCCGGAGAUGGACGCCAUCCUCGCCGAGAGCCGGAGGCUCGCCAUGGACAACGGCGUGGAAUGGCCAGAGUUCUGGAAAGAUCUGGACGGGGACUCGCCGCCGGAGCCCGCGCCCCCCGAGCCCGCGCCGCCGGACCCCGCGCCGCCCGACGUGCCCCCGAGGGGCCCGUCACUGCACCGCGUCGGCCGCUACUCCCAGGACGACCUCGCCGGCGAGGAGCGCGCCGCCGACCGCAUCGCCGCCGCCGCCGCUGCCAACGGCCCCACGACCAACGCCGCCCCGGGGGACAAGACCAUCUACAUCGCGCAAGAGUAUGUGCGCGGCUCGUACGGCGGGAGAUCCCCAAGCCACUCCGGCCUGCACCCGAGCGGAUCGUCCGGCGGGAGCGGGACGCGCGCGAGGGAUCGCUCGGGGCGGGAUCGGGACCGCGACCGGGAUCGGGACCGGGAUGGCGAGAAGAGCCGCGACUGGAACCUGGAGACCAACCACCUGCAGGACGACGCCCUGUACGCCAACGACGCCUCCAUGGCGCCCACCCUCGCGAGCCAUCACAGGCUGACGGGGACGCUGACGGGGUCGACGCCCAGCUCCGCCAUCAUGGCGGCCAACCCCCAGCUGACGCCCGUGGUGCUUCCCUCCUUCCCCACGUCGCUCCGGGCCGGCUCCGGGGCCACGUACUCGCCUUACUCGCCGUCCCGGUUCCACAUCGACAAGCGGUGCCAGCACCGAUGCUCGUGGAAGUGCUGCUCGCUGGCGCUCAUCCUCGUCUGCGUCGUGCUCACCAGCAUGCUAGCCUACUUCGGAGCGGUGGGCUCCAUGCGGCCGGGACUUGACCCCAGCGGCUGCAUCAACGUUCAGGACAACAAGGACCUCGUGAGAGACGAAGCCUCCCUGGGGCUGGCGCCCUCACAGACUUCGCCAACGGAAGAAUCACUACCGACUAGCACGGCUGUGCAGUCGGCGAGCUCUCGCGCGCCGGCCGACAGCCCCGACCGGCCGCCGGACCUGCCCAGCAUCGAACAGCAGCAGCAACUUCUACACCAGCAGCAGCAGCAGGCGUCCCCGCUGCAACCGCAGCAGCCCCCUCAGUCGCCGCUCGCGGCCGGGCCCGGCGUCGCCCUGGGCGCCGCCGGCCAGGGCUCCCCGGGUGGUCCCGGGUGGCUGCCCGCCGUCGUGGAGAUGCGCGAGCUCGGCGUCGUGCACUCGGCCACCAUCCCGCCCGUCCAGUUCUGGAACACCGAGUUUCGCAACAAGCAGCCCGCCUUCAUCCGCUUCAACUUCACCCUGCCGUGGGGCGCUAACUUCGCCGUGUACGGGCGGCGCAACGUCGGCCCCAGCGUCACGCAGCACGACUUUGUCGAGUUCAUCAAGGCCGGGCGCCUGGACCACCGCGCGCGCCGCUCGCUCGACCACGUGGCCGCCUUCGUGUCCUCGCACUCGUACUACGGCGACCACGAGUACAUGGACGACGAGGACGACGACCUGGAUGCCGUGGACCUCAACGCCGUCAGCUUCAUGGUUCCGCUCGCCAACGACACUAAGCCCCCGCCGCCGCCGCCGCCCCCACCCAUGCGGCGCAGACGCUCCCCCGGCGUCCUGGCCGGGCUGCCGCUCGACCCCGCCGCCGGACCCGGCGUCGUGGCCGGCGGCGUCCUGGGCCGCGCCAUGCGCGUCAACGUGAGCCUGCUGCAGUACCUGGACACGGGCCGCUGGUUCCUCUCGGUGUACAACGACGACUCGCGGCCCCAGGAGGUCAGCCUCGUGGUCAGCGAGGCCGAGGGCGUGUCCACGUCCUGCCCCAACGACUGCAGUGGCCAUGGCUCGUGCUACCUGGGCAAGUGCGACUGCAUCGACGGCUUCGAGGGCAUCGACUGUUCCAAGAGUGUGUGCCCGGUGCUGUGCUCCAACCACGGCAAGUACGGCGGCGGCAUGUGUCACUGCGAGGGCGGCUGGAAGGGCGCCGAGUGCGACGUGCCGGCGCGCGACUGCCAGGUGGCGGACUGCUCGGGCCGCGGGCGCUGCGUGUCCGGCCGCUGCGAGUGCCAGGCCGGCUGGAAGGGCGAGGGCUGCGAGAUGGUGGACUGCGAGGACCCUCACUGCUCGUCGCACGGCUCGUGCGUGGAGGGCCGGUGCUACUGCAAGGCGGGCUGGCAGGGCCCUACGUGUGCGCUGCUGGACCAGCAGGUGUACCAGUGCCUGCCCGGCUGCUCCGACCACGGCACCUACGACCUGGAGAGCGGCUCCUGCGUGUGCGACGCCUACUGGACUGGACCGGACUGCUCGCAACCGCUCUGCGGCCUGGACUGCGGCCCCCACGGCGUCUGCGACGAGGGGCGCUGCAAGUGCCGGCCGGGCUGGACGGGCGAGCGCUGCGACCAGCUGCCCUGCGACCAGCGCUGCUCGGAGCACGGCCAGUGCAAGAACGGGACCUGCGUCUGCAGCCAGGGAUGGAACGGCCGCCACUGCACCCUACCGGGGUGCAUCAACGGCUGCAACCGCCAGGGCUCGUGCAUGCUGGAGGACGGCGAGUACCGGUGCGUGUGCGGUGACGGCUGGGCGGGCCGCGACUGCGGCAUCCGCCUGGAGACCGAGUGCAGCGACAAGAAGGACAACGACAAUGACGGCAUGAUGGACUGCUCAGACAGCGAGUGCUGCCAGAGCUCGGCGUGUGAGUCCCACCUCAUGUGCCUGUCCUCCAAGAACCCCGUGGAGGUGCUGCUGCGCAAGCAGCCUCCCUUAGUGACGGCCUCCUUCUACCAGCGCGUCAAGUUCCUCAUCGAGGAGAACUCAGUCCAGAGCUACGCCCAUACUGACAGCUACACGGAAAGUCAAUUCUGGAGCUCAUUUACACCGCGGCGAGUGUCCGUCAUGAGAGGCCAGGUGGUCACGCCGCAAGGGCUCGGCAUCUACGGCGUGCGGGUGUCCGUCGACAAGGACGCCAGGCUGGGCUUCACGCUUACGAGAGCAGGGGGAUGGUUCGACAUGCUGGUGAACGGCGGCGGCGCGGUGACGCUCCAGUUCCUGCGGACGCCGUUCCAGACGACGACGCGCACGGUGUUCGUGCCCUGGAACCAGAUCGUGGUGCUGGCGCCCGUCGUGCUGCCGCUGGCCGGCGACACCGCCCGGCCGAGGGACCGCGACGCGGCCGCGGCGGCGGCGCUCGGAUUUGAGAUGCCCGUGUCUUCGCUGUCGCUCUUCUCGAGCGCAGAGGACGGCCCGAGCCCGUGCGAGGCGCACGACCACACCCUCCUCAAGCCCGUCGUCGUCUCCACCUGGAUGCCGGAGAAGGUCGGCGGCAUGCCCGGGCGCAGCCUCGUGUUCGCCGAGACGCAGAUCCUCCAGGAGGCCAUCCGCAUCCCGGGCUCGGACCUGUACCUGCAGUACCAGAGCAGCCAGGCGCCGGGCUACCUGUCCACCGUCCUCAUGCGUCUCACGCACGACCGCGUCCCCGCCACGCUCACCCACGUGCACGUGACGGUGCAGAUCGAGGGCUCCGUGCACACCAAGACCUACGAGGCGGACCCCAACCUGACGCACGUGUUCGCCUGGAACAAGCGCAACGUGUACAAGCAGAAGGUGUACGGCGUGGCGCAGGCCAAGGUGUCGGUCGGCUACAAGCACUCGACCUGCAGGACCAUCAUCUGGGAGACGCAGACGGCCACGCUGCAGGGCUUCGACGUGGACAUCUCAGACAUCGGCGGCUGGGGGCUGCACAUCCACAACCACUACAACUUCCACGAAGGUGAGCGCCUGGGACUUCGGCAAUACCGUCCCCGUCGCGCAACCGUGUCGUGCGGUACGGCCUACCUCGCGCCUGUGAGUUAG